AUGGGGCAGGACCAGACGAAGCAGCAGAUCGCGAAGGGGCUCCAGCUAUACCAGUCUAACCAGACAGAGAAGGCGCUGCAGGUGUGGACGAAGGUGCUGGAGAAGAGCUCGGACCUCGUGGGGCGUUUCCGCGUGCUGGGCUGCCUGGUCACGGCCCACUCGGAGAUGGGCCGCUAUAAGGAGAUGCUGAAGUUUGCUGUGGUACAGAUCGACACGGCUCGGGAGCUGGAGGAUGCCGACUUCCUCCUGGAGAGCUACCUGAACCUGGCGCGCAGCAACGAGAAGCUGUGCGAGUUUCACAAGACCAUCUCCUACUGCAAGACCUGCCUCGGCCUGCCCGGCACCAGGGCAGCCACCCAGCUCGGAGGCCAGGUCAGCCUGAGCAUGGGCAACGCCUUCCUGGGCCUCAGCCUCUUCCAGAAGGCCCUGGAGAGCUUCGAGAAGGCCCUGCGCUAUGCCCACAACAACGAUGACACCAUGCUCGAGUGCCGUGUCUGUUGCAGCCUGGGAAGCUUCUACGCCCAGGUCAAGGACUACGAGAAAGCCCUGUUCUUCCCCUGCAAGGCUGCAGAGCUCGUCAACGACUAUGGCAAAGGCUGGAGCCUCAAGUACCGGGCCAUGAGCCAGUACCACAUGGCUGUGGCGUAUCGCCUGCUGGGCCACCUGGGCAGUGCCAUGGAGUGCUGUGAGGAGUCUAUGAAGAUUGCACUGCAGCAUGGGGACCGGCCACUGCAGGCACUCUGCCUGCUCUGCUUUGCUGACAUCCACCGGAGCCGUGGGGACCUGGAGACAGCCUUCCCUAGGUACGACUCUGCCAUGAGCAUCAUGACCGAGAUUGGAAACCGCCUGGGGCAGGUACAGGUGCUGCUGGGUGUGGCCAAGUGCUGGGUGGCCAGGAAGGCGCUGGACAAGGCUCUGGAUGCCAUCGAGAGAGCCCAGGACCUGGCCGAGGAGGUGGGGAACAAGCUGGGCCAGCUCAAGCUGCACUGCCUGAGCGAGAGCAUCUACCGCAGCAGAGGUCUGCAGCGGGAGCUGCGCGCCCACGUCGUGCGCUUCCACGAGUGCGUGGAGGAGACAGAGCUCUACUGUGGCCUGUGCGGCGAGUCCAUAGGCGAGAAGAAUAGCCGGCUGCAGGCUCUGCCCUGCUCCCACAUCUUCCACCUCAGGUGCCUGCAGAACAACGGGACGCGGAGCUGCCCCAACUGCCACCGGUCAUCCAUGAAGCCUGGCUUUGUGUGA